AUCGGAAUGAAGGAAGAUUUACAGAGAAGAACCGGUUAAGUUCAUUUGCUGAAAAAUAUUUCAAUUUUCUUAUCUGGAAGGAGCGGCCUUUCUUGCGAAUCACUCUUAUUGUUUUCCAUAAAGAAGAGUAUCCUAAUGUUGAGACAUUUUCAAAAAUUUGGAGAACUUACUAAAACUUCUAAUUAUGAAUAAUGUUGUGAUAUGUGAUAUACGGUUUCGCUAAAAAGGACGAAAGACGCGGCGCCGCCGUCCAUUGAAUGUUUUUGUUUACGUACCAUAUAAACAAAUAGGUAUUAACAACCAUGAUUCUCCCACAUGCUUCCUUGGUUAAGUGUUUUAUUUUUUUUCAUUUAGGAUCUUAAGAAAGGAAAAUAGAUUUUGCUUUCGUUUGUUCUCUAAAGACUAAAUAAAGCACAAAAUCUAUUACUGACUAGCCAAAGAAUGCCGAAGGGAAAGGAGGAUACCAGCGAUUUUAAGGGACUUAAUCAUCAGCUUCCUGAUUUUCGAGGAAAAGAAGAAGACAUGAGUCAGCUAGCAUCCCAAAUUGAGUACCUUGAAUGCUUAGUAAAGGAACAGCAGAAACAAAUUGCUUCUUCAGCAAUCGAAGUUCAGAAAAAGGGUGAUCAAGUACGAGAUCUACAAAAGAGGUUGACUUUAGAGAAGAAGCUCUUUUCUACUUCACCAACGAUUUACAACCCUGAACAUCUUUUGCCGAAAAGCUUGUCAGCUGAAAUUGAAGGAGUGGUACCAAAAGAUCGGGAGUUGGAAGAUUUCGACGUAGCAACUUCGUUUCCAAGAGAUGGGAAUUAUUCUGACUGUAAAUCCCAACGAAAGCAGAUCAAGACCGGAUUGGAUCAAUCGUUUGAUAACCCACCCAAAUUACUACUUGGUCUCAACAAAUACAAGUCAAAUCAACGACUGAACUCACAAAGUACUUCCUCCGCUUGGGUACCUGACCAUUCAGUCGAUCCUUUCAGUCUUGGUCCUCCUUUUUUGCAGCCCUUUGCUGCCUCCUCCCAAGCAUUUUAUGGCAGUCAGUCUUUUAAGAAGGGUUUGGAGAAUCCAGCACGCCCCGCGAAUAAUGUUUGCACGAAUAAACCUCAAAGCAACGACAGUUGCAAAGAGUCAGAGACGCCAGAAGUGAGCUCUCACAACUACAAAUGGAAAUCCGUUAUUGAACAAAUCAUCUUCAGGAAUGACCAGUCGGCGUCCCUAUAUUUGCAGCAAAAACUGAAAUCGGAUGACCAAAAAAUGAAGCAUGCCCUUAUUCAAUGCAUACUUCCUUUUUCAUACACUCUUAUGACAAACAAGUUUGGUAAUUUUUUGAUACAAAAGUGUCUUGAGCAGUGCGAUGAACAACAGCUAGAGGGAUUUGCUCAACAGCUGAUGGCCCAUAUCAGCGAGCUUUCAACUAACGCAUUUGGCUCUCACGUUGUUCAAAAGUCUUUUGAAAUCUACCCAGAAAAUUUUGCAAGCUCCCUAAUAAAUAAAUUAAUGGAGCAAUUACCAGAGACUUUGAUGCAGAGGCACUCAUGCCACGUAUGGCAGAAGUUUUUGGAGACCAGAAGAAAGUCAUGUGCAAUAGGGACAAUGGAUACAUUUAAUGAAAAACUGACAGGUAACUGGACUCAAAUCGCUAUGAGCGAGAUGGGUAGUUUAGUUGUGCAAACAAUUUUUGAAAACUGUAAAGAACAGGAAAAGCGACCUUGCCUUAAUGAAAUAAUUGAAAAUACUCAUUCCAUUAUCAGCGGACAAUGGGGAAACUGGGUUAUUCAACAUAUCAUUGAGCAUGGAAGUAAAGAUGACCAAGAGAUAGUAUUCUCAGAUAUUCUUCGGAACGUUGAAUUUUACAGUACAAAUCAGUAUGCAUCGAAAGUGGUUGAACGAGCGUUACGAAUGAACAAUAGGACCUUUUUUAAUGAUUACAUUGCGCUAAUCACAGAACCGCAAGAUAAAUGGGGAAGGAUCUUGUUGAUGGAUAUUGCAUCUAGCCAAUAUGGAAACUAUAUUGUCCAGCAUUUGUUAUAUGCCGCUACACCAUUUCAAAAGCGAUUACUAGCAGAGCUUCUGAGGAAACAUAUGGUUUCUCUUCGAGGAUAUAAACAUGGACAAAAGAUAGCACUUUUGGUGGAAAAGACAAAGACAUAAAGGAUUGGUUUCGCAACAGCCGAUUACUGAAAACAAAGAGGAUUCUGUAUACUUCUCGGAAGAAGACUAACCUUCCUAGAUUUUUAACCCAUAUUCGUUGAUUUGGUAAUCAUCUAUUUGAAUAUCGUAAAAACGGGAAGCUUUAUACCGUAUCCUCUUGAGGAACAUAAUCCUCGUCUUCUUCAUCAUUUUCUAAACCAUCGUCUUCUUGGAGUGCUUUAGAAAAAUCUAUCUUUUUGUUUCGUGUUCUGGAGGAACAAGUAAUGUUGGUGGGAUCGAUAGCGGUCAGAUCUUCAGGUUCUAUGAUUUUUCAAUUAGCAAGCAAAUUCGUCGAUUCAUAAUAGGACAAUUCACUAUCCUGAAUGAAAGCUUACCAUCUGCAAAUCCUUCUUCAUCUUCAUCCAUUGAGGCUUCAGAGGGAUCCUCGUCUGAUGAACUCAAUUCUUCAAAAUCACCUUCGUCUUCAACAUCUUCGAUAUCUGGAAUAAAGUCUUCUGUGACUCGUCCCUUCCCUUUACUAUAUUCUUUGUUAAUAAAAUUAUCGAAGAGUUUUGGUCGUACAUGUCAGCUUUUUCGCUAUUUUCUGGCAUUUUCGUAUAUGCGUGUAGGUGUAGUGCGCUAGGAAGGAAGUUAUAACUCUCCAGUUGGGAAAGGUAAAGCCAUGGAAAAGUGAACCCUUAAAAAGGAUCUUCUAAUGAUUUUUUUUAUACAAUCACAAAUUAACUAAAGCUUCAUUCCGUGAGACAUUGAUACGUGAUUCCAUUGUUUAUUCUAGUUGUAAAACUGGCAAGGGUCACCAUGUCUAUGUCAAUGGACGACUCUAAUUAUUAAAUCAAGCAGCCCCAAUUGUAGGUUUUUUGGUAAAGAAGAUGUUUACUUGAUUAUCCUUACGGGUUAUUCUUCUCAAAUUAGUGACCUAAAAAUGAAUUCAAGUCCCAGCCCUUCGUCAAUGAACCUGAGCAAGAAAAUCAAGAAUAAACAUGCAAAAAUUCAUCCAUUUUUUAUUUUGUACCUAUAGAAAUGCACAAUACAAUUAAUCUUAACUUGAUCACUCUUCCUAUA